UGUUAUCGUAACGAUACCAUGUUAUCAAACACAUGGUAAAACCGCCGCAUAUUUACAUUUAGCAAAAAGAAACCUGCGCUACAGCUAUAUAUGCUUGCUCACCUUCGACGCGUCGGAUUGUCCCUGAACCGCCAAAUUCGGAGCCACAUCGCAUUCAAUUCAAAUGACAGAAUGAGCAGCACCUGUGGCUUAGACACGGACAUCGUGUGGAUGGACUUGGAGAUGACCGGGCUGGACAUUGAAAAGGACAAAAUCCUCGAGGUGGCCUGCAUCAUUACGGACCAGGACCUGAACGUGAAGUCGGAGGGACCAUGCUUUGCCAUCAACCAUCCGCAGGAGGUCUACGACUCGAUGAACGAGUGGUGCAUGAAACAUCAUUACAAUUCAGGUCUUAUUGAUCGAUGCAAGAGCUCGGAUGUGAAUCUCGAAGAAGCCUCCAAUCUAGUGCUAUCCUAUCUCGAGAAGAACAUACCAAAGCGCGCCUGUCCGCUUGGUGGGAACUCCGUCUACACCGACCGACUAUUCAUUAUGAAAUUCAUGCCAUUGGUAGAUGCUUACCUGCAUUACCGCAUCGUCGAUGUGUCCACCAUCAAGGAACUGGCCAAGCGAUGGCAUCCCGCAAUUCUGGAUUCCGCUCCCAAAAAAUCUUUCACGCAUCGUAGUCUGGACGACAUCCGAGAAAGCAUCAAAGAGCUUGCGUAUUACAAAGCGAACUUAUUUAAAUAAAUUAAAGCAAGAAUUUAAAGCACCCUAGGAAUUCUUUCAAUACCUAAUGCUUUAUUGGCAAUAUGAGUCUAUAAUAAUUUUGGAUAAAAGUCCGCGUUGUAUUGUUAAGCGUGAAGUUAGGCUUAUAUUAUUGACAAAUGCAUUAUGUUAAAAAUAGAUGUACAAUAUCGUUUAGUGUAUUUUCCGUAUAUGCACGGAGAAACAGAAAUAAAAAUACGAUAGCAAUAAAGAAUUCAAUGCUAGU